ACAGUCCAGUGCUGCACCAGGGAGGCUCACACGGCGUCAUGGCCCCGAUAUCUGAAGAAGCUUUUAUUGAAAAGCUUCGAUUUGACUAGCAGAUGAAAUUCCGAAAAAUGGCAGCGCUGCAUUAGUCUGAAUAUGGAGAAGAGGAGAGCUUGGGGUAGGCCAAGAAUAACAGAGCGAGAGGUUAUAAGAAAUGACCACAGAGAUAAGAACCUUAUAUGAGAGGCUGCAGGACUCCAAGCAGCAUGAGGAACUACCAUCUGGAAAUUUGAAUCGGAACAAGCUAAGGCAGAGGAGAGUCUCGUGCUACUAGAACAUGUUGUGGCUAACUCUGAGUGGAAGACUGCAAGUGAGCUACUUAACUUGCUUCGUAAUGUAGUGACUGCUGUGAGAGCCAAAAUGCCUUGGGAAACUACACCCUGUAAUAUGGUACAACGUGUCAUAAAAAUAGUGAUUGACGAAUACAACACCUGCCGGGGAGCCAGUGAUGGAGGAGGGUAUCAAGGUUUCUCACAGAUGAUGUUUGUUGACCCAGCCAGUGGUGACCUCCCAGAAUGUACAGAUGUCAUACCAGAACUUCAAGACAGAAUACUUGAGGCUGUUGCUGAACACAAAGCUGAAGUUGAGCAGAGCCAGGAAUUGAUAGCACUGCAAGGAGAGAGCAAGAUCCACAGUGAUGAAGUGAUCAUGACUUGUGGAAUGUGUCCAAUGGUUUUAGCUUUCCUCACCAAAGCUGCGAGACGGAGAAAAUUCCAUGUUAUUGUUGCUGAGUGUGCUCCAAAGCAUGAUGGUCAUCCAAUGGCAAAAUCUCUUUGUUCUGCUGGUAUUCAGACCACCCUGAUACAGGACUGUGCUGUUUUUCCCAUGAUGUCUCGUGUCAAUAAGGUUAUAAUUGGUACUCAGACAGUUUUAAGCAAUGGUGGGAUCAAAACAUUUGUUGGUGCAGCCCCCUUGGCUUCAGCAGCAAAGUUUUAUUCAGUUCCGUUAUAUGUCUGCACUCCAACAUACAAAUUCAGCCUGGUGAGCUCAGAGGAAGUGAAUCAUCAUGGCAGUGGUAGUACUAUUGUUCCCCAAGACUCAAAUCUGACAUCCUCUGUUAAUGUUGUAGUGGCAAAGUUUGACUAUGUCCCUCCAGAAAAUGUCACUAGUUUUAUUACAAACAAUCGUGGCAUUGCACCAUCUUAUGUAUAUCGACAACUGAGUGAACUUUAUCAUCCAACUUCAUAUGAUCUUUAAAAUUAGAUUUAGCAUGCAUUUGUUUGGUUGGGUGAAUAAGCUUUCACAAAUACAGUAGAAACAAAUAAGAGUUGAAUUCUUUCAAUAUACUGCAGAAUAUUUUUCAUCCUCACAAUUGUGAUUUUUAUAACAGAAGCUUAUUUAAUUUUCAUUCUCUGGAUGCAUUUUUUAAUAUAAAUGGUGUGAAAAUCUGGUAGAUUGCCAAAUUUGGCAAAGGAAAUUUUAGGCAGUUCCAGUAUCUGUGUCCUUCACCAAUAAAUACUCCAAUAACAUGACUUAUUAUUGUUAGAGAGACAAGUGUGUAUUUGCAUUCACAUUCACUUGUAUUUCUGUUGCUGCUCUAACAAGACCACUUUUAUGUGCUUCUUACACUCUUUAAAAGUAAAUUUUACCUUUAUCAAAAAUAUGUUAUAUAAACCAACUUUUUAAACCAUAUCAGAGGUAAUCCCCGUGUCUGUUUGAAACACCAUGGAUCUAAUUUCUUGUUAGGUUCUUCUUUUCCACUCAAAUAAUGCAUCAUAUUCUCCUAUUUCUCUUAUCCUCUUGACAUUUUAGGCAUCUGUUGUAAUUAAAUCAUGCUGUGAGGAAGAAAAAUUUUGAUUUUGAUAAAAUAUUUCUUCAUACAAACAUGUAUGUUUAUGUGGUGGUGGUGGUGGAUAACCUUCCAUCUUCUCCAAUGUUGAAAUUGGCCCCUUUGAUAAGGCCACCCCAAUAUCUGAGCUUUGAUGAUUGAAGGAUUUAGGGCACGUGUGUUGUCACAUUAGCAGAAUAGUAUACAGGUACCAUUUUUUUAUUUUUUUUAUUAUUAUUAUUUAUUGUUGGAAAAAGGUUCCUUAAUCCAGAGACAAAUUACAAACAUAGGUAAUAGUAAAAUCAACUUUUUUAACACUCACAGUCUUGGAUGCAACUGGCAUGUCUGAAAGUUUUUCUACACUCAAAGGUCUUGAACUCAAUAGUUCCAUCCACAAAAUACAAAUUUUGGUAUUAAAACACUAUCCACUAUUGAUGCAUGAGAAUUGGGACAUAAAUUCUAACAACACCAUAAAUGAAUACUGUAUAAGGAAAUACUUUUUCUCACAGGGUGGUAGACCUGUGGAACAGUCUACCAGCUCAAGUUGUGGAAUAAAAAACAGUACUGUACUGGGCUUCAAAAUGGUCCUUGACAAAAUUAUCAAGAACAAUGGAGGGAUCCUACACAGGCCACUGGCCUCCUUUCUUGUCAUGGCCACCUUUUGUUUUCUAAAAUCCAUUCCUUACAUGCUUUUGUAUUUAUAGACAUUGUUGAAAUUCUAUAAAUAUCAAUUCAUGGUUGGAAAACUUGCUUUGGUGAAAUUUUUUUUUGCUGGACAGCCAAUAUCCCAGGUUCUGGCCAACUGUGAGGGGGAUUCUGGGUACAGUACUGGGACCUAGCACCAUGAGAGUAAUACAAGAAAGUUGUAUUAUUUACAUUUCACCUCUUUUGUUUUGUUGUAAGAAUUUUGUCAUUGUUUGUAGAAAUGUAAAUUUAAAAGAGACAGCUUUUAAGUAAUUGCUCACCACAGAAGUGAACGAAAGGAAAAUGAAUAUAAAUAGCACAACAAAUAUUUUUAUAACUAAGGUUAUAAUGCACACCAACUACAGUAUAUGGAUGUACCCUGAGUAAUUAGUGGACUCAUUCGUUAAUCAUGAAAAUAAUUUGAGUUCAGUAAGAUGCAGUAGACAGUCCUUUUCAUAAAUGUUUAGAUCCUAUUUUCUUGUGUGUUUAAUUAUUGAAAUUUAUGACUAAUUAUACGUAUACAGGAUGAUUCAGCAAAGAGUACAUUAAAUUGGAGGAUGAAAUCCUUGGAUAAUUCUAAACCACAAUGUCUCUAUGGUAAAAUGUCAGAAGGGGGCAACUUUAAACAUUUCCUUUAGG